GUAAAUCCUCAUUUCAGUCUCGCGGAGCUGUUGUACGUUGACAGACAGGAGGAUGUUUUUACUCUGAAUUUAAAAAUAAAUGAAUGUAUAAAAUGGAGGACGACGCACCGGUUAUUUAUGGCCUUGAGUUUCAGGCACGUGCUCUCACAGCCCAGACAGCCGAGACAGAUGCCAUCAGGUUUUUAGUGGGAACACAGUCACUGAAAUUUGAUAACCAGAUUCACAUCAUUGACUUUGAUGAUGAGAAUAACAUGAUUAAUAAGAAUGUCCUCCUGCACGAUGCUGGUGAGAUAUGGCACAUCAGCACCAGCCCCGCAGAUAAGGGAGUGUUGACCACAUGCUACAACAAGACGUCUGAGAGUCGGGUUCUCACAUGUGCGGCGGUAUGGAGGAUGCCCCCGGAAUGGGAAUCAGGCAGCCACGAGUCCCCCGAUGAUUCAUCCAACAACCCGCAGACCUUGGAGCUUCUCUGUCACCUUGACAACACGGCCCACGGCAGUGUGGCCUGUGUAUUAUGGGAGCCCAUGGGUGACGGGAAGCGUGUGAUCUCUCUGGCUGAAAACCACGUGCUGCUCUCGGACCUUCAGGAGAGCUCCAGCAAAGCCACGAUCUCCAGCAGCGCCACCCUGGAGGGCAAAGGACAGCUGAAGUUCACCACGGGCAAGUGGAGCCCACAUCACAACUGCACCCAGCUGGCCACAGCCAACGACACGGCCAUCCGAGGCUGGGAUCUGCGCAGCAUGAGUCAGAUGUACUGCAUUGAAAACGCUCACGGGCAGCUGGUACGUGACUUGGACUUCAACCCCAACAAGCAGUAUUACCUGGCCAGCUGCGGCGAUGACUGCAAAGUGAAGUUCUGGGAUGUGCGACACAUCAGCGAACCGGUCAAAUGCCUGGAGGAGCAUUCUCAUUGGGUGUGGAGUGUGAGGUACAAUCAUUCUCACGAUCAGCUCGUGCUCACGGGCAGCAGUGACAGCAGACUCAUUCUGUCCAACAUGGUGUCCAUCUCCUCUGAACCGUUCGGACACCUGGUGGAUGACGAUGACCUCAGCGACAACGAGGAGACGCAGCAGGAUGACAAGGUUAAAGAGCCUCUUCAGGACAGCAUUAUUGCCACAUAUGAGGAGCACGAGGACAGCGUGUAUGCGGUAGAGUGGUCUGCGGCAGACCCCUGGCUGUUCGCAUCCCUCAGUUACGACGGUCGGCUAGUGAUCAACAGAGUCCCUCGAGCCAUCAAAUACAGAAUCUUACUGUAGAACAG